UAGGUGAGGUCACACUAAAGCCGUUUCAACGUCUGGCAACGCUGCACUACGCCAAAACAAAACAAAUCAUUUUUGUACUUUUUAAAAACUCUUGCUCAUUCUGCAAUGUAUAACGUGGAAUGCAUUCCUAUUAAGGACAUAAAGCCGGGUCUGAAGAACAUCAAUGUUAUCUUUAUUGUCCUGGAAGUGGGCGUGGCCACCGUUACAAAAGAAAACCGCGAAGUGAGGAACUUCAAGGUGGGCGAUCCUACGGCCUGCAUCAAUGUUUCGAUUUGGGACGAGCCGGGCAAACUGAUAGCACCCGGUGAUAUUGUCAGACUGACAAAGGGCUACGCCUCCAUCUGGAGGCAUUGUCUGACCCUUUAUUCCGGAAAGAACGGCGAGGUGUUCAAGAUCGGCGAGUACUGCAUGGUCUUCAACGAGAGCGUCAAUAUGAGUGAACCGAAACGGGCGGAGCAGCAGGCGGUGGCAAAUCCUGCUGCUACUCCGGCGGGACUUCCGGCCGGUGGUGGUGCUCCUGGCUUGCCCGCUAAGGGUGGUGCCACGGGCAUUCCACAGCCCGCGGUGGCUGCUGCACCAGGUGCUCCCGCCACCCAGAGCGCCGUGACCACAGCUCCUGCUGCGGCGCCAGCAAUCGCACCCCAAACGACAACGAAACCUGGCACCCGUGGCGGCCGUGGAGGUGGAGGACGAGGUGGCCUUAAGGGGGAACGGCGUUAAAUGGUCUACAGACGCGGGAUAGCACUUAGCGAUCAAGAAUUAAACCUCUACAGUAAUGCAUAGCUUAAUAAGACAUGUUUACACAUCCCAAAUGAUCGGACCUGGAUUUGGUAUGUUAUCUAGACUAUUUGGGCUUUAAAAUUUACGUAAUAGGUCUGCAUUUAUGAGUAUCAGUUAACCAUUCAAUUAUAUAUGUAUUUUAAAACUUAAUUGCAUCUUUUAAAAGCAAAAAGUGAGCAUGUUUUCGUCGAACUAUUUAAGCAUUAAAAAAGAUAUUGAAUAUAGUACUAUUUUUCAAAAUAAGGAAAUCAGAUUACUAAAAACGAAAUUUAAAGUUAAUCUAGCCUAAAUGUAGUAAAGCUUUUAAGAUGCAGAUAGAAAAGAAACUUAAAGAAAAGCACCCAAAUCGUAAGUUUAAAAAAGAUUGUAUUUAUAUUUUAUUUGGCAAAAUCAAAGACACAAAAAAGGUUUCGAGAGCAAUUGUCCAGCAAGUU